GAACCAGCCACCCUUUUCGUUGGUAGAUUGUCCUGGAACAUCGACGACGACUGGUUAAAGAGAGAAUUCGAACCCCUGGGAGGUGUCAUUAGUGCCAGAGUAAUCAUGGAAAGAGCCACUGGAAAGUCCAGAGGUUACGGAUAUGUUGAUUUCGAGAGCAAGGCCGAUGCCGAAAAAGCUCUUCAAGACUUCCAAGGAAAGGAAAUCGACGGUAGACCCAUCAACUUGGACUUGUCUACUUCCAAACCUCAAACCCCAGCUAAGAACGACAGAGCCAAGAAGUUCGGUGAUGUUGUGUCAGCUCCUUCCGAUACUUUAUUCAUUGGAAACUUGAGUUUCAACGCCACCAGAGACAAGUUGUUCGAAGCUUUUGGUCAAUACGGUGAAGUGAUUUCUUGCAGAAUCCCAACCCAUCCAGACACUCAACAACCUAAGGGAUUCGGAUAUGUUCAGUAUGGAAGCAUCGAAGAAGCCAAAGCCGCAUUGGAAGCCUUGAACGGUGAGUACAUCGAAGGUAGACCUUGUAGAUUGGAUUACUCCACUCCAAGAGACCCAGCAUCUUCUCAGAAGCCAAGAUUUGGAGGUGACAGACAAGGUGGAUUUGGAGGUAACAGAUUUGGAGACAGAUCUGCCACCAACUCCCCAAGACCCCAAAAGACCGCCGAAUUUAGAGGUACCAAGAGAACCUUUGACUAA